AUGGGGCCCGGUGUGAUUCUCAAGGCUGCGCUUCUGUUGCUCUGUGGCUCGCUAGUGCUCGCCGAUGGGUACAAAAUACUUUUCCUGGUACCGUUUCCCGGCCCAAGCCAUUGGCUGAUGCUGAAGCAUUUCAUCCGGGAGCUUACGGAACGGCAACAUGAGGUGACGUGCAUUACCGCGUUCAAGUUUGGCGAACCGCUGCCAAACUACGAGGAAAUAUACAUCGAUCCACCGUAUCCGAUUCGGGAGACUUUUCCCGUCGAGGGACUGUUCGCAUCGAGUCAAACGAGUGACUUCGAUAAGCUCUUCAUGUACUGGGAGUUGGGCUUGAACACGAGCCGGCACGGUUUGCAGACGGAAAACGUGCGUCAAUUCAUCGCCCGGCGUGACCUUCACUUCGACCUGAUCAUCGCGGAACAGUUCUUCCAAGAAAGUUGGCUCAUGUUUGCGCACAAGUUCAACGCACCGAUCGUCACGAUCAGCACGUACGGUUAUUCCGACUUUUUCGAUAGCAUGAUGGGCCUCCAGACACCGUGGUCCUUCGUCCCGCACAUGGUCCUUUCGUACGAGGACGACAUGAGCUAUGCGGAGCGAUCGUACAACGCGAUACUCUCACUGUUUGACUACUUCUACCGUACCUUCGUUUACCUGCCGGACACGGAUAAGGUGGCGCAGGAAGCGUUUGCCGAGCUGGCCGCAGAACGUGGCCCACUGCCGAGUGUGGAGGAGCUGCAGAAAUCGGUCUCGGUCAUUCUCGUCAAUAGUCACCCGAUCCUGAACGCCGCCCGCCCGACCAUUCGAGGGUUGGUGAACAUCGCCGGGGCACACAUUCGCGCACCGAAACCACUGCCCGAUGAUUUGCGCAAAUUUAUGGACGAGGCACCGCACGGUGUUAUCUACUUUUCGCUCGGUGCGUACAUGCAAAGUUCGGUCAUGCCGGUGGAGAAACGGGACGCGAUACUGGAGGUGUUCGGGACGCUCCAGCAGCGGGUGGUUUGGAAGUUUGAAGACGAUACCAAAAUCGGCAACGUCCCACCGAACGUGAUGAUUCGCAAGUGGGCCCCGCAGAACGAUAUUCUGGCGCACAAAAACACCAUCCUCUUUAUCUCCCACGGUGGCCAGUUCGGUACGUUCGAGGCGAUGCAUCACGGUGUGCCGACACUGUUUAUGCCCUUCUUUGGCGAUCAGAACCGAAACGCGGACCGUGCCAUUCGAAUGGGUUUCGCUCGGAAGAUGCUGUUUGUGGACAUUACGGUGGAAGCGUUCGGUGGGAACAUUGCGGCCAUGCUGACGGAUAAGCGGUAUUACAGUAGGGCGAAGGAAAUCUCUCGACUGUUUACUGACCGGAUCGUCGAACCGAUGAACGAAUCGAUCUACUGGAUAGAGUAUGUCGCCCGGCAUGGCGGUGCGGCCCACCUGAAAUCGAAAGCGGUUAAUCUGUCCUGGUUCCAGUACUAUAUGCUCGACGUGUUUCUACUGCCACCGCUGCUGAUUUGGCUGGUGUUUCGAACGACGAAAGAGAAGCGCUACAGAGGCAGAAGGCGUCGUUAA